CUGUUUCCAACAUCCAGAAUGUCCACCUACACCCGCCCUCUCCUCUUCACAACCCUAGCCCUGCUCUUCUCGAAAACCAAUGCUCAGUACUACAAUGGCUACAAUAAUAACAACUAUGGUCGGUGGGUCGGACUAGCCAUAGCUAUCAUCGCCCUCCUCUUCUUCAUUCUCUCCUGCUCCCUCAUGGCUCGCCGUCGCCGCCGCCUCAUGAACGCGGGCGUCAAGCCCGUCGUCUGGCCCACCAGCAAUGCCAACCAGUCGAGCGUCCUCCCGUUCUGGCAGAGCCCUCCGCCGUAUACUCCUAGCAACGGCAUGCAAGCGCCCCAGCAGCAGCCAUGGCAAGGUCCAGGUGGUCCUGGCGCCCAGACUGCGUACCCUCCGCCGUCGGGGCCGCCGCCCCCGCCGUACAACAAGGAUGGGAAGCCCAUGGGCGGCGACAGUGCAACUCAGGGGUAUACGCAGCAGCAGGGGUUUAGUGGUGCGCAGCCUCAGUAUCAGCCGCCUGCUGGCCCUCCUCCCGCACAUACGAGGAACGACUCGCGCGGAAACUUUGUCGGGGGCUUCCAUGCAUAAUCCGCUCUGUUCAUCCCAUCAUGAACUCACUUACACUAAUUAUGACCUGCGCUUGAUGGGCGAUGUUCGAUCAUUCUCAGUAAAGCACGAUCAGCCAGGACCUUAAUUACUUACGACUUGUGCUGCUUGUUCAUUGACCACUGUAUCCAUACUGCUAGCGAUCUUGUAUAAUUAUGCAUAUACCCAUCGUAACU